AUGGGCGCAGAGGCGCGUGCCAAUAUCGCCGUUACUAUUGGCGAUGUCAACGUGGCCCCGGGGGCCACGGCUGUUAUUGGCAUGAACAGAGUCGGCUCGGACGCCAAUACGCAGAAAAAGACUGUCCGCGAAUACAAGGAUGACCUCUUCGUUUCCGAGCCGCGCUCAGUCCGCGCCGAACUCAUCAAUACCAAGGGAAGCCUGACAGAAGGAACAUGCCAGUGGAUUCGACAUAAUGAGAUCUACCGGUCUUGGCUAGACGCCCAAGAGUCGGGCCUCCUUUGGAUAUCUGGCAGACCUGGGCGGGGAAAGACUAUGCUCUCCAUCUUCCUGACCCAGGAGUGGGAGUCUUUGCCCGACUGUGCUGUGCUCUAUGUCUUUUGUGGAGACAAGUCAACCAGUGAUGAAAUCGCCAUCAUGAGAUCUUUGCUCUACCAGGUCCUGGACCAGGUUCCUAGCAUGGUCAAACAUGUGGAGGAUUGCUUGGGGACAGGAGAGAGAACCAAGCGCACCCUUUCAUCUCGUGGAGAUCUAUGGGCCAUGUUUGCGAGCAUACUAACGGAUCCAAAACUGGGACCCGUCCUUGGACUAAUUGACGGUCUUGACGAAUGCCACCGGGACUCGACCCGCUGGCUCUUGAACAACCUACGACAGGUGUUUGAUAAGGAAUCAAGAUCGAGAUCGCCACCUUACAACCCAUUCAGGCUUGCCAUAGUCAGCCGAGACAUGGUUGGCUUGCGAAGUUUUCCUCGACUGAAUCUCGAAACCAAGACGGAUGCGAUUGCAAAGGAUGUCUCCCGAGUAAUCAGCGCCAAGAUCAAAGAGCAUGAUCUCUUCUCCGAGUUGGGCCUUGACUUCAUAAAAGAGGUCAAGACAACCCUCUGGCACCGCUCAGAUGGAACUUUCUUGUGGGUUGGCUUUGCCAUUCAGGAGCUCCUAUCCGUUGAGACGAAGACAGAGAUGCGGAUUGCCCUGGAUGCGAUUCCACAAGACCUUGGCGCCCUAUACUCCAAGAUUCUCCUUCGGAUAAAAGGCCCCAUGAGAGGGAAAAUCGCUCAGCUCUUGCGCUGGGUGACUCUGGCGUGUCACUCUCUGACCGUGGAUCAACUUGCCGAGGCUUUGGACGUGGACGCUCAAACCAUCGUCGACCUGGUAGCUAUGUCUGGGUCACUCUUGACUCUAAGUAGACGGAUGGCCCGGGACAUGCCCACCUCGAGAAAUGCCAAACCUACCUUUUCUAUGCAAUGGCGGAAUAAAGGUGCCAUUGUCAAGCUCGUCCACGCUUCGGUGGGUGAAUUCUUGAAGGGCGAAGCCAACAACGACAUUCUACGAACUCCAGAAUUCCGCAUCGAAGUUGAAGAAAUGGAACUUCAUAUUACCCAGAGGUGCCUGAGCGCACUUGAGGCUGCUCUCUCCUGCGCUUCGGUACGCGAUGACAUGCCAGUCAACACCUUGUCCUCGUAUGCCACCUUUUCCUGGCCCGAGCACGCAAGACGCUGUGGCGAGCGUCUCGAAAGGCUGCUUGACUCGGAUAACGCAUUCGUUCAGAACAAAUUCAAGCCAAUCCACAAGGCGAUGGAACUUGGGGCAGAAGUUGCAGAGCUCUUCUUGAAGAAGACACUAGAAGGCAUCAGCCCCAACCCUCUGGCACGGCGGCCACGCAGUACAGCUCUAGAGCACAGCCUAUUUCGGAAAGCUGUCGCACUGGGAGACGAGCGGCUUAUUCACAUUCUGUUCGCUAACGGAGCCACUCUUGACAGUGACGUAGCACAAUUGGCUUUGAAGGAUGCACUGGAGAUCCGCGGCGGUGCGGCGGUCAUCGAGUUGCUGCUUCAACACGGCGCCAGCCCCCGCGGUCUGGAUCCAGCAAUGGUGUUAAGGCAUGGCGCUGGGCCCGUCUACGAUCAGGUCAAGGCACUUCUUGACCACGGUAUGGACCCCAACGGUAGCAGCGAAGGGCGCCCUCUGUUGCACUGGGCAGUUGCUGGAUUUGGGCCAGACCUUGCGGAACUGCUCGUCGACUACGGCGCCGAUAUAAACGUCCAAGACGACCAUGGCAGGGCUGCUCUUGUAGUUGCCCUGGCCGUGAACAAGAUCGAAAGCGCAGCCAUGCUCUUGAAGCGUGGAGCUGACCUGACCAUCAAGGAUAACCAUGGCGACAACGCCCUCCACUGGGCGGUUAAACUAAGAAGCCGCAGGGGCACCGAGCUGCUUCUCCAGCACGGCCUGGAUGUGAAUAUAAAAAAUGAAGAUGGAAGAACAGCUCUGGCUUCUGUGCUUGAAAACUGGGAUCUUUCAACGGCAGAGCUGCUCGUCGAAGCUUGCAUCCAUGUUGGAGGUGGACGAAGUAACUCUCCUCUUGAGGAGUAUGACAUACAAAUACAGCCAGCUCUGUUCCUGGAAGCCGUCCGGGAUGGAAGUAUCCAGAUUGUGCGGUUUCUUCUACGGCACGGCGCUGAUGCUAAUGCUCGAGUUGGUGUAUUUGAUCCAACAACUCCUCUCAGGGCGGCCAUCUCGAAUCGACAUGUCGCCAUGGUGAAAGUGCUUCUAGAACACGGCGCAGACCCCAACCGGGGACUUCGAUGGUCAGGAACUCCGCUGUACUGGAACCAAGAGUUCGACGAUGAAGAAAGGGACCAGAUAACUGAGCUAUUGCUUCGAAAGGGUUCCCGCUAUGGCCGAGGCAGAGUGACGCGCCUGAGAAGGUUAUGA